AAGAGGAUGAAAAGAAGAGGAAGAAAAGAAAAGACAAUAUGUCAUCGAAGAAAAAACUUUACAAAUGUAAAUAUGCCGUAGAAAAUUCCAGUAGAUUUUCUUUACGUGUUAUGGAAGCGAUGCGUUCUCUGGAGAGAUACGAAAACGUUCUGCCGAUAUCGUCCGUGCAAGAAAUCGUCGAUUACAUAGCGAAUAAUUAUAACAACGACGGAGAUCUCUGUGCCCAAGUUCGAACUGCCUUAAAACAACUUUGCGCUGAUGGAUUCGUUAUUGAAGUAUUGAACGAUGAAUAUCAGUUGAUAGGUCCCUUUCGUACCACAGACACGUUACAAAGUUGUAGCUGUCAGACAGAUAACGCAAAGAUAUAUCUCAGUACACCAAAAUAUUCUAAAUUGAAAAAAACAUUUCGUACAAAAGGUAAAGAGAAAUCGCAUUGUCGUUGUGAGAAAUUAAAUGAAAAUACAAAAUUAGAAAGAGAUAAUAGAAAAGAAAGAAAAGAAAAUAUUUCAUCUUCUUCACGAAUGAAUUAUUAUUUAAAUGAUAUGAUACGUCCAACGCCUAAGUAUAAAUUAUUCAAAUCAAAGAUAAGAGAAGAUAAUUCAUGUAAAUAUCCUGAAAUAGAAAAAACCCUAAAACAAAAAGGGAACAAUCCUAAAAGAUUCAUUUCUUACGAGGAUCAACAUGAAAAAUCUAUUCGUAAUAUUCAAGAAGAUUCUGCUGAUAUUGAAUCUUCUCUUCGCGAACCUGCACCUAAGCGUAUGCGUCAAAUAGACGACGACAUUAUUACAUUUCAAAAUUUACAGAAAUAUCAAGACAUUAGCAUUGCACCGAAUAAUCGAUUAAAUGAUCGUUCUCACGAUAAUGUAUUUCAAGAAAUAAAAAGAUCGAUCCCUGAAACAUCUAAAUCCCACCAGAUAGAAUUAAAAAAAUGGAUACAACGAUGCCGUCACGAAUGCAAAAAACAAAAUAAGCGAUAGUAAUUAAUAAAACAUUCUAUUACAUUUCCGACUAACGUACUUUUU